GUCACCAACUUAUCGAUAGACAAAUCAGCGUUGUUGUCCAAUCAGAAAAAGUGUAGGCGGAGUGGAAAAGCAUAAAUAAAAUCUUAAAGAUCAAUGUUGAGGCCGCGCAGUGUGAUACUGAGAUAACAAAUCCCACGAGCAAGAAGAAGACCAGCCAAAAAAGAGCCAACAGAUUAAUAACAUUAUAGCACCUGAGCAACAGCAAUCCCAUAAAUAUGUCGCGCAAAAUGGCUAAGUUUUACAAGCUGGAUAUCAAUCGUACCGAGUGGGAGAUACCGGAGACGUAUCAGAACCUUCAGCCCGUAGGCCAGGGAGCCUAUGGUCAGGUCUGCAAAGCCGUGGUUCGUGGAACAAGCACCAAGGUUGCCAUAAAGAAGUUGGCCAGGCCCUUCCAAUCGGCGGUGCAUGCCAAACGCACCUAUCGGGAACUACGGCUGCUCAAGCACAUGGAUCACGAGAAUGUCAUCGGUCUACUGGAUGUCUUUCAUCCUGGAAACCCCGCCGAUUCACUCGAGCAGUUCCAGCAGGUGUACAUGGUGACCCACUUAAUGGACGCCGAUUUGAACAACAUCAUACGCACCCAGAAGCUAUCCGAUGACCAUGUCCAGUUUCUGGUGUACCAGAUUUUGCGCGGACUAAAGUACAUUCACAGCGCCGGGGUCAUCCAUCGUGACCUAAAGCCCUCGAAUAUCGCGGUCAACGAGGACUGUGAGCUACGCAUCCUCGACUUUGGCUUGGCUCGUCCCGCAGAAAGCGAGAUGACCGGGUACGUGGCCACGCGUUGGUACAGGGCGCCCGAGAUCAUGCUGAACUGGAUGCACUACAACCAGACGGUGGACAUCUGGUCAGUUGGGUGCAUUAUGGCCGAGUUGCUUACGGGACGCACCCUCUUCCCGGGAACAGAUCACAUCCAUCAGCUAAACCUUAUUAUGGAGGUGCUGGGCACGCCCGCCGAUGAAUUCAUGAGCCGCAUUUCCUCAGAGAGCGCCAGAAACUACAUCCGUUCUCUGCCGGUUAUGCCGCGCCGCAACUUCCGCGACAUUUUCCGCGGCGCCAACCCGCUGGCCAUCGACCUGCUGGAGAAGAUGUUGGAACUGGAUGCAGACAAGCGCAUCACUGCCGAGCAGGCGCUGGCCCAUCCGUAUAUGGAGAAGUACCACGAUCCAACCGACGAGCAAACCGCAGCACUCUACGAUCAGAGCUUCGAGGAGAACGAGCUUCCAGUAGAGAAGUGGCGGGAGAUGGUAUUCAGCGAGGUGACGGCCUUCAAACCCACCGCCGCCUUCGCCGAGCUUCUGCCUAAGGAGCAAUAAUUCCGGUUGCUGCCCCUGUUCGUUCAAUGAUGCUAUAUACAUUUAGAUCAGUCUUCUUUACACCUAGUUCAAGCGGAUGUGCUCUGUCGUGAUUUCUCUAUUCGUCGAGUGUAAACAAACGGAGAUAAUUAUUCUAGAGCGAUUUAUAUUUAGAAAGGCUUCAGUGGCUGGAUUUAAACAAUUUGUUUUGACCACAGAAGCGCACGUAAACAUAAGGUGAAAAUGUAUUUUGUAACCUCCGAUUCACACUCGAUGAAUACAGAAAUUGUGGUUGAACUAGGAACCUAGUGCAUAUAAUGUAGCGAUUCGUAAAUGUUUCCAACAAUCAAUCAAAGUCACAGCCUUAAUGUCCAGUUCAACUUUAGAUUUGGUGUCGGUUUUAACACGCAGUUCUUGUGAAUAAUCCUUUAAAUGUGAGUGUACAUGUACAUCCUAGUUCGUAAGCGAACGCAUCUCGCGGCCAGUAACUAUAAAAAGAGCACUAGUGUCUACGUUGAAUCCAAAUAAAUGUGCUAUGUAUUUUAAAA